AUGGUUGGACCCUUGGAUGCAGUCAAACCCUUGGUUGGAACAGGCAGACCAGGGGGGCGUCCGACUAACAUCGGCCUCGACCAAUACUGCACCUCCUACAGACAGUCUUACAGUAAGGAGUUAUUUCAGUCAUGUCUAGGUCAUCAUUUUGGAACGGGUUACUCUGCCAACCACCGUCCUGUUCUGUACUACAGCUCCAGCCUGGACCGCUAUGAUAAUCCACAGUUUGGUCUCUCACUGUUGGACAGUUUUGAGUCUCAAACGAAGCGUCAUUACCAGCGUCUGGUUCUGCCCGACGGGACGGAGCCUUUGGCCUGCUCGGGGUCCAGACGCAGAGAGAGCGGAUAUUUGCAGCUCCAAACUCAGCCAAGACCUAGAGCAGCGUCCUGUCAGACUGAAUAUAAAGGCACUUACAUUCCUCACCGCCUCAGAGUUUUGGGUGUUUCAGAUCAGUGCGUUUUUGUUUUAGUUGGACCCAUAGAAGAUAGUGGAUACACUAAGGAAGCCAAUCUACAGCUGAAUACCUUCCUCACUCAAAAUAUUAACAUGGAUGACGCUCGCAGGACACAGGAAAGUGUGAUGAGGACUGACUUCCUUCCCGGAUGUUUCCUACAGGUGGUCUCUCUGUUUCUCUCGUUCUCUGCUAUUACUCUGUCCAUCAACAUCUCGACAAUUUUUAAGAUGUGCGUCAGUUGGAUGAGGUCUGUAGCAUUUACAAGAGAAACCCAGAGGCCUCUGACCAGUUCAGCCUUUCUGCAGGAUGGCGUUAGUGAAGACAGCGGACAGAAGACUAGAACUGCUGCAGCUAGAUGGUCCAUUGGGCCAAUGGGCUCAUCAGGAUUCGUCCUGAACGCCCCCAACAUCACAAGCCUCUCACAUACACCAGCAGACCCGCAACACUUCCUCACACACUACCAAAGCAAGUUUUGUGAUAAAUCAUCAGUGGUGCAGCAGAGAUCAGAAUGGGUGAGAGGAGGCAUACAGAGACAAAGAGAAUGCGGGUACAGUGGACGAGACACAGAUAGGUUUAAUCUUAGUGGAUUUAAUGUCCUAGCUUCACAAUAA